AAACGUAAACCUUAAAUAAUGCAUCCAAGUGUCGAGUUUUAGGAAGCUUGCUGAUCAUACACAUUUCGUUUGAAAUCUUCUUCUCUACAUCCAAUCGAGAAGGUAUGGCACAGCAAGGACAAUCAUCAAAUGGCAAAGAGAAAGAAGCAUUUUACCGAAUGCUUGAAGAUGAUGAAGCAGAAGAUGGAAGCAUUAAUUUUGGAGAAUCCUUCAUCGAUCCUUACUCUGUGAGUAUAGAAAGGCAACGCAUGAACCUGGAUCCAGAACGUGGUCGAAGAUAUGUAUAUGAAUUACUUCACGGCCACGACGUACAAUGCUAUAACAUAAUUCGAAUGUAUCCACCGGUAUACAUUCAGUUAUGUGAAAAGCUUAAGGAUGAUUAUCAGUUGAAGGAGACUGACAAUGUAUUCCGGGAUCAGCUCAUGAUGCAAAAGUUUUAGCACUAGCUAUGGAGGGACCUCAUCAAUUUUCAACUACACCUUUUGGAAAUAUUAUUUAGGAGAUUCUGGUUAUCCUCUUCGACCUGGAUUUCUUACUCCGUAUAGAGGGAAAAGAUAUCAUCCUAGCCAAUAUGAUGGAGCUAGUCCGCCCAGUAGUUAUAAAGAAAUGUUUAACAAACGACAUUCUUCGCUGCGAUCUGUUAUUGAAAGGACUUUUGGUGUGUGGAAAGGAAAAGGGCGGGUUUUAAGAGAGAAGCCAAGAUACAACAUACAUGUUCAAAGAAGAGUUGUUGCAGCUACAAUGGCUUUACAUAAUUUUACCAGGCUAUCAAAUUUAGGAGAUUUUGAUUUUGAUUCGGACUAUCCAACUGAUAAUGUACCAACUGAAGACUCUGAUUCAGAUGAAGACGAAGAACAUAAAACACUCAUGUGCACUAUAUGGAAGACAUUCGAGAUCAAAUUUCUGCAUCUUUAUGGGA